GCCCCUGAUUCCAAAUGAUUCUCCGCCACUUUUCAAGAGUUGUUUUUUCUCAAUUUCCACAAAAAGUAAAUAAAAUCUCGUCAUUCCGUCUUUUGUGUUUAAUUAUUUUAAUUCAAACGAAAAUGAGUUCAGCAAAGGAAUUUCCAAAAACAUUAGAAGGCUUUGGAUACGGAUUCAAUGCCGAAGGAAAACUGCGACAAAUCGAUAAAGAAACCGGCAAAGUUGGCGACAAGCCUUUUAAUUUCCAAAUUAGUUCGAGUCAAACCGAGAAUCAGCGACAUUAUGAGGCAAUCGGUGAUGUCAUCACGGAAGAAGUGUACAAAUUAUUGGAAGAAAAGGGUUUGCAUCGAUUGUAUGUUCCUUCAGAUGUCCCUCAAGAUGAAGCUUCGUUCAUUUUUUGCACGACAAACAAAUUGGAGAACCCAAAAAAGCUGAUGAUUUUGAUUCAUGGCUCGGGAGUUGUUCGAGCAGGACAAUGGGCACGCAGUUUAAUUAUAAACGACUCGUUAAAAGCCGGAACUCAGCUUCCUUAUAUUGAACGGGCACGUGAAUUGGGCUAUGAAGUGCUUGUUCUCAACACAAAUCUCAAUACCUACAAGAAAGAUGGGAAAAUUAAAGAAAUCAAAGGCAGCGAAACACCUACCGAUCACGCAAAAACCGUUUGGAAGCAAUUUGUAGCUCCCGCAAAUCCCGAAGCAAUUUCCAUCGUUGCUCAUUCGUACGGCGGCGUCGUCACAGUCGACUUGGCAAAUCACUUUGACACGGAUUUCCGCGAAAAAGUCUUCGCCGUUGGCUUCACCGACUCCGUGCAUUAUCACAAUGUGCCGAAAACGUUGCAAGAGUACGGUCGUAAUUGGGUUACUUCAAGCGAAAAACUCGAUACCCCACUGAAAAAACGUACAAAUGAUGUGCCGUGCUUCUCAGCAGGUCACACAAAGCACGAAUAUACCAGCUGGUCUUGCAUUGAUGCCCUUUUUAAGUUCUUCGAGGAGCGAUAUGAGCAGUUUAGUGCCGCAAAAGGGAAUUCUGCGAAGAAACAGAAGACAGAUUUGUGAUGAUGAUUGACUUUAAAAGGAAAA